UAUCAAAAUAGCAGUUAUUUAUUUUUAUAAAAAAACAAAUGUCAGUUUUUAAUUAUUUAUUUAUAAUUAAGUUAGUUUUAUUAUAAAUAAUAAAAAUGUUUCAAGUUUUUCGUCAUUUACGUAAUAUUAUUCUGCACAGUUUAAAUAAAUAUUCUUUUAUAACAUACAAAUCAUUUAGUUCAUGUCAAAAAUAUACUGCUGGAUUAAUUAUUAUUGGAGAUGAAAUAUUAAAAGCCCAAGUUAGAGACACAAAUUCAUAUUUUAUGUGUUCACUUUUGUAUGAAUAUGGAGUUAAAGUUGAAAAAAUCUCUAUUAUCAGUGAUGAUAUAGAUGAAAUUGCUAAUGAGAUAAAACUAUUUUCUGGAAGGUAUAAAUAUGUCAUUGCAUCUGGUGGUGUUGGACCUACCCAUGAUGAUAAAACUUAUGAAGGUCUUGCUAAAGCAUUUGGUGAUUCUUUGCAUUUUCAUCCAACUUUAGUGGAUAUUAUUAAAGAAUUAAAUAAUAAUGAUGAUGAAAAUUCGCCGUUAUUUAAAGUUGCUUACAUUCCAAAAAAAGCAACACUAAAAUUUGGUAAAAGUAAUUCAGGAGAAUUAUUAAAAUUUCCAUGUGUUAAUGUUGAUAAUGUUUAUAUAUUUCCUGGAUCGCCAAUAUAUUUUGAGCCAUUAUUCAAAAAUUUGUGUCAGGAGAUAUUUAAUGCACAUAAAAAAUUUUUUAAAAAAGAAUUAUACAUUGAUGCAAAAGAAGAUGUAUUUGCUAAUGCAUUAACAAGUGUUGCUAAAGAAUUUCCUAAUGUUGCUUUCGGUUCUUAUCCAAUUAGUAAUCAAAAUUAUUAUAAAGCACGUGUGACUAUUGAGAGUGACGAGAAAUCAAUUACUGAGGAAGCAACGAAUAAGUUUUGUAGUUUAAUUUCCCCCGAUAUUCUGGUCAAUUAUGACAAAACACCCGAAAUAAAUUCAGUUGAAAAGUACCAGGAUUUUCAGUCAAAAAGUGAUCCAUCAAAAGCUUUAAUUUAUUCAGAAACCAUUAAAGAACUAAAAAAAAUUUUUGAUAAUCCUAAAGAAAUAGUAAUUGAAUAUAAUUAUUCUAUGGAAUCUACUGUAUUGUUACAUCUCAUUCACAUUGUUCGGUCAUUAUUGAAUAGUAAUUUUAUAAUAAAUGCAGUAUUUUUUAAACAUCAAAAUAUACCAGCUGUUAUUGAAAAAUCGUGCAUCGACAUUUUAAAUCGGUAUAAUGCAAAAUUAACUGUAUUGGAUGAACCAAAAAAAGUAAAUGUAGAAAAUUUUAAAAUACUUUAUCCAGAAUUAAAAACAUUAUUACUCACUAAAACAAAUGAUGCAAAUAACGAUUCAUCAGGAUUUAAAUUUAUGGAACAGUUGUCUCCGUCAAUUGAGAUUAAAACUCCUCUAUCUGGAUGGAAUUCGGAAACCAUAUGUACUUUUACCAGAUCUCUCUGCCUUCCUUACGUGUAAUUUGAUAAUAAAUGCAUCAUAUGACUGCUAAUUAAAUUUUUUUUAAUGACCAAUAAAAAAUUAAAUAUUUUAUAUAUGACAGUAAUAUUAAAUCGU